AUGUCAGCCUUGACAUACACAAAAACGCAAAUUCUCAAGUUAACAAAUUCCGAAAAUUUUAUACGAGUCUUCCCCAUUAUACAACAAUCUUCAAUGUUGAGGUUUAAAGUAAUCACUCGCGUCACUUCCACUCAGACACGUUCCAAGUCUACUGUGCUGCUCAAAUUCUUUACCAAAGCACAUUGUAUGUUGUGUACGAAUGCCAAUGAAAUACUUCAACAAGCCAUAUCAUCACCCGAUGUGGAGAAUGUCAAACUCAACUUCACUAAAGUAGAUAUAAUGGACCCUAACAAUAAAGAAUGGUUUGAUAAGUACUGUUAUGAUGUUCCUGUACUCCACAUAGAACUGCCAAACGAUAACGUGGUUAAAAAACAUAUGCAUUAUUUUGACAAGUCACAACUCAUCAAGGAUUUUCUUACAUUGGAUACAAAAGAGGAACGCCUUUAG